GCAUUAUGCAGUCACAACUCCCUUUGUCACUAAGCAACAAGAAGUUGACCACUGAGAGUCUCUUACCUCAGACAUAGCCUCAAAAAGACAAGAGGAAAGUUUGCCUUUUUACUUCCUGGAAAGAUGCAAAGUGCGUUAGUAGGCUCCUGGCACAACACUGGCUUCUAUGGGCACUACAGAGGUCAAUUCAAGAGUGAAAGUGCUCAAGAAUACCGCCUUGCAGCCAAGCCCCAGCCUCCAGCAGUGUUCCUGCAGCGAUGUCAGGAGCCAGUGCAGCGACACUUCUUCUCCAAGCAUGACAACCGUACGUCUUUCGACAAAGAGGGCCCCUACUGUCUGCUGCAGGGAAUCGGAAGGCGGAAGGACCUAGACCGCCUGUGGCAACGGCACACCUUCCUGCGCUGGGCACCCUGUGAGCUGGAGUUGAGCCAGCAGCGGCCUCUUGAAUCCUCCUACCAGGCCAAUUUCCAGUCAGGCCCAGGAGUCAGUGACUUCCCUCAGCGUCUUGUCCACUUUGUGCAGAUACAGCCUCCCCGUACCAGCACCACCUACCAGCAGAACUUCUGCCAGCCAUCCCGGGGUGGCUACUGUGGCAACAACAUGGGGUCAGUCACCGACACACUGCCUGACCUCCCAGGGAUCCCAAGACCCAAGCUGCUGCAGCAUUACCUUCAUGCUGGGGUCUCUGAAUGUCUAAACUGGUCCAGAGCAUUAAACAAAGACGAAUGACA